GCUCCAGCAUGUACAUGACGCAGUGCGACACGUGCUCGCAGAUCGCCUGCGCCGACUACAUCGGAGCCAUCUCCAGCAUGUGUGCCGAGAUGCCGUACAUGGACGGCUGUGACGUCUACGCCUCCUGGUGUGCCGCCUCGUCCGUCUGGGAGCAGUCCACCACCGUCAACAGCAGCAGCACCGGCAGCAGCAGCGUCCGCAGCUACUGCGCGGGAGCCAGCGUGUACGGCGGCAGUACGAGCUCCAGCAGCAUCCCCUCCAUGCUCAUGUUCUUCCAUCAGCGGGUUCCGGAGCUGCUGCUGUUCCGUUCGUGGCUCCCCAAAACCACUGGCCAAGCGGUGGGCAGCUUCUUCGCCAUCACGGGUAUGGGCAUG